UGCCCGGUGACGCUACGGUGUAGGCGGAGGCGCAGGUGUGAGCAGCAGUUAGUGCUCAGGCUGGUGUAGCAGCAGCAGCAGCAGCAGCAGCAGCAGGUGCGGUAGUGACGGAUCGGCGCUGCGGGACUAGCGAGCUCUCAGCACUCCUCCCCGGGAUAGACGUGACCUGUACACAGACGGUUUCUGAAAAUGGACUCUCGGUUUAAGAGGGGUCAGUGGGCCUCCCAGUCUCUCAGAGUAACCGCAAGGGAGUUGUCCCUUGUAAAGCCAAAGAAUGCCGCUAUCAUGGAACGCUUUUCCAAAUAUCAGAAAGCUGCUGAAGAAGCCAGUGUGGAAAAGAAAAGAUCUAACACAGAAACUCUUCCUCGGUCCUUUAACCGGGGGUCCCUGAGCGUAUUGAGGAAGAAGUGGGAGACUCCCGGUCCUCCUCCUCGGACGGAAAUUAAGCACAGUGUCGGCUUUGCACAGAGGCAAAGUGUCAGCAGUCCUAAGACUGAGGCAGUCCCUGCAAGUCACUCUGAAGUCAGCACCACCAAAGUCCGCUCCCCAGUAGAGGAACAAAGCCGUUUCCGCUACCCCAGUGCUACAGAGCAACACUCUCACUCCACUGAGGUAGAAAAUAUGGAGCAGAACUUGGACAAUGCAACAUUGGACAUCCCUGAGCCUUCUCCUAAGAUUGAAAAGUUUAAUGUCCCCUUGAACAGUCUGAAGAUGAUGUUUGAGAAAAGUGAAGCUGCUAACCACAAGCAUCCUCAGCGUGAACCUGGGAAAAUUAAUGUUGGGAAACUGAAUUCUGAAAACUAUAUCACAAACGAAGACUCUGAUGCCGCCUUCUCUGAGAGAAGUCCUUCCGUCAGUUCUGACAGUAGUCCUAGCAAGCUCACCACUCAGAAAAGCCUGGAGAUUUCUCAUGUUUUAGAGACCACCUCUCUGAAGGACAGAAUGGCCAAGUACCAAGCUGCCCUGAGCAAGCCAACAAAGCCUGUCUCUCCCACGCAGAAUGAUACGAAAGUAGUCUGGAAUGAUGUGGUAAACCAAAAGUCAGAACAAAAGGAGAAUGUCCCCCCUAGUCCGGUGCGAUCCACCUCUUCUUUUGAAGGUGAUAAGAGAUCCCUUGGUGAAAACAGUCCAAUUACCCCCAGGAGUCUAACGGAGAGUAAUGGCAAAUUGGAGGAAGAGCCGCAGAGACCCAGCAGUUCUCCUGGUUAUAACCCCCAGACAAGAGCACUAAACCACCUGGAGUCCUCCCCACCCAAAAUCACAAAGAAGUUUCAGCUGCCAGCGAGAGAGAGCUGCUUUGCAUGCCAGAAGACUGUUUACCCAAUGGAGCGCCUAUUUGCUAAUCAGCAAGUGUAUCACAACAGCUGCUUCCGCUGUACUCACUGCUCCACCAAGCUCAGUCUUGGGAGCUAUGCCUCCCUGCAUGGGAAUGCCUAUUGCAAGCCUCACUUUAACCAGCUUUUCAAGUCUAAAGGGAACUACGACGAAGGCUUUGGGCACAAGCCCCACAAAGAACUGUGGGAGGGUAAGAAGGACUCUGGUGAAAACCAGGAGAACACAGUCCAACAGAAUAACACCACUGAAGAUCCUGGUAGUCCUGUUGUAGAAGAAGCACCAAUUGCGAAGGUUGGUGUCCUGGCAGCAUCCAUGGAAGCCAAAACUAGUAGUAAUGCACAUGAACACGAAAAACAGGUGGAGACUAAAAAGCUGAAAAUUGCUUGGCCACCUCCAACUGAGUCCUCUGGCUCAGGAGCUUCUGCAGAAGAGAAUGUUAAAGUGUUCAAGCCAAAAUGGCCACCAACUGAGGACCUUGUGAAGACCGAAAGCGAGGAAUACUCUGAACUGAAGAAACUCAGGAGAACAUCCUCUCUCAAAGAGCGCAGCCGUCCAUUUACGCUAAGUGUGGCAAAACCAGUCGUCGCCAAAAGUCAGAAAGAGCCAGAUGGCUUGUCUAUGCCAUCACCUGUAUUGAAAAAGUUUGAUUCCUUAAAUUUUAAGGAUGAUUUUGAAGGAGAGCCUGAAGAAAAACAAGUCACUAAAGAGAGACUGCCCACACCAGAUCUUACAGACACAUUGCUCAAACCAACUGAAGCCAAGGAAGGUACAUCUAAUAAAAGCGAUGAUCAAAGCUUCUUUGAAAAUGAGGACUCUUCAGAGAUGGAGGUUUUCAAACAGCAACUCUCCCCUGAAGAAUCCCCUCUUUCUAAACACUCAAGCACAGAAGAUCUAGUGAUGACAAAGGAGGACCUUUCUCCAGUUCAGAACCGCAAGUCUCAAGAUAUUGGUUACUGGGAAGGAGAGGAAGUGGAAGAACUCAGCGUGGAAGACCAAAUCAAGAGAAAUCGUUAUUAUGAUGAAGAUGAUUCUGAUUAAUGCAGAGUUUCUUCAAGUUUUUUUUAUGCUGUGUAUGGCUGAGCCUUAAUUUCUGUUAGCUGUCCUGGUAAUAGGGAUACAUUGCUGUAUUUAGUGUAAAGAUGCUCUUUUUAAAAUGGUUGUCCCCAAUUUUUUUUUAUAAAAGAAUAUUUAAAGUUGCCCACAUUAGAAAAAAAAAUGACUUAUUUUUUUUUUCUCCUUUUUUUUUUUCUUCACUUUACUUGAAGAAAGAUUUUACUCCCAGGAUAGUCCAGGAACUAGUACAGGCUUCUGUCCUUUUUUGAGGUGCUUGUUUUACAGGUUGAGUGAGUAACAAGGAUAUAUGGCACUGUGUAAUGUAAAACCACCAUUUAAGUCUGCCUUCAUACUGCCAAUAGUAAUUCUGUAUUUGCUGUCAUUAAUGCAAAUACUAUCUGGUGAGCUUCUGCCUGUAUUCUUUGCAGGCCUCUGUAGAAUUUUGCUUGGUCUUGUAAGAAAAAAAAAAAUGAAUUCAAAAAGUACUCUUCCAUCACAGCUCUGCCCAGUGAUAAAACAGUAAUGAGACUACCCUGCACUCUAACAAGUGCAGGGGUUCAGUGUCUACGAUCACCAACUCUUGUGAAUGUUCCUUCCCUGGGGUCUUAACAUUCUAAGCCACUGCUGAAGCAGGGAGAUAUUUGAAGUUCAAGUUGUCUGACACCUCCGCUUUCUUGCGCUAAGAGGACUGAGUGAAUGGCCGGGCAGCUAUCAAAUUUGUUCUCUCGACAACAGGUUUUCAUGCAUUUAAAUGGACUUACUCUGUUUUCUCUGGUAGCUGAAUUAACGGUUCAGCAGCAUUUGACCAAUGUUGUGCAUUCCAGGCAUAGGUUGAACUAAAUACACUACAAACAAACAAACAAAUCACGGGGGGGGGGGGAUCCAAACUGGGUGGGGCUUUCCAGCGAGCAUUCUGGGUAUUUUGCAUCUUUGAUAUCUCAGGCAUUCCGGUGAUUUAAUUCUAUUGUGUAAACUACAUAAUCUAAAGCAAACAUUCAAGAUACUAUUUUCUGAAAUAAUAUUGUGAAGUUCACUGUAUUAAUGUAAAACAUUCCAUGUCUGUUCAUAGAUAUUUAAAGCUGUGUACACUGUUUCUUAUGCAUUGUAAGACUUUUAAACCUUGAUUUCAGUCAGGUUAUCUUAUACGUUGCACUACAGGCUAUUGAGGGCAAGCGGGUAGGUGGUUCUGCAGGAUAUAUACAUUGUUUUGCACAGGAACUGCAUAAACCAUUUAUUUUUUAAUAUUGUAUAAUUUUUAUAUAAAAUCAAGUUUCUCUUAAGCCUGUAGGUGCUAUUCAUUAUAGAGCUCUCAAACAGUAGUUUUUUCAGGUGCAAUGUAUUUUAAAUUCAUUUUUGGGGAAAGGAAGUCCUCUUAGAAACCAAGAAGUUAACUGGAAAAAAUGCCCAAAGUCCUGGUACAUCUGAAGCCUUCAGUUUUGGUUGGCCAAGAACAACCCUGAAAGCAUCAUGGAUUCUAAAGUGCAAUGUGUUCCUCCCAUAUUUCUCACUAUACAGCUAGGAAUUGGCAUAAAAUGUACCUGCUGACUACAUACGAUGACAGCGGACAUUUUAUUAGCUGACGUCCGGUUCAGGAGAAUGCAACCUGGCAUUUAGAACUGCUUUCUCAGGAGUAUUGGUUAACCCACAAAAUGGCUGCCUCCAUAUUGUAUAGUUUCUUAAUGCAUAAUCGGACUAAACUGGCACAUUUGUUAUGCAUUUUAAUGUACAUUUUGCACUGAAAUCAUAGGAGGCACCACAGCUAUGCAAUGUGUAAAAGUUAGACUCAAUACUUGUACAUUCCUGGUUUGCGGAUUAUGAAUGUAUGACACUUAAUCAAAGGGUUUUCUACACUUUGUUUAAUGCAAUGCAAACAUUCCAAAGUAUGAGAUGAAAGAGUAGUGUAACAUCUAUCUGAGCAUUUCAUUUUAAUACAGUUUAAUAAAACAGUAGGGUACAGUACAAAUGAGAUUAGUUUUAAAGGGCUUGUGUACGGUUUUUGUUUGUGGGUUUAUUUUUCCAGAUAUUUUACUCAUCUUUUUGAAUAAAGUUGGAGUUUUUAUACAAAGUGCAACUGUAUGUUAAGUUGGUACUGUAUUUUACAAAGGAAAAAAAGUUGUAAUAUAUUUGCUUCCAAACCAAUCUGACAAUAAAGAGAUUUUUUAUUCAGA